GUUUGGGUAUGACAGACUGAUCGUCGGCUGAUUUCAACACAAGACACCAUGUCAGCACCGAUCUCCCUCAGCAUGGCCAACACAGCCUUCUGCCUGGAUUUGUACAAAAAGUUAAGUGAGGAUGAGAGAAAGGGAAACAUUUUCUACUCUUCUUUCAGCAUCAGUUCAGCCCUGGCCAUGACCUUGCUGGGGACCAGGGGCAACACCGCUGCACAGAUCUCAGAGGUCCUUCACUUCAACUUUGCAGAGGGGUUGGAGAUGCAAACGCAGAGGCAGCAGAGCAUCUGUCAGAUCCCGUGCUGCACGCCACGCCAGAACAAAGCAGAUGACAUCCAUGUUGAGUUUAACAAGCUGCUGCGUGAACUCAACAAAGCAGGAGUUCCGUAUGAGCUGAGCGUGGCCAACAGGCUGUUUGGAGAACUGUCCUUCCAGUUCAAAAAGGAGUAUAUACAAAACACUGAGAAGUACUAUGAUGCUAGUCUGGAACCUAUGGACUUCAAAAACAACUCAGAGGCAGCCAGAGUCCACAUUAACAACUGGGUGGAGGAGAAGACAAAAGAUAAAAUCAAGGAUCUGCUGCCUAAAGAUGCGGUGAAAGACAACACCAAGCUGGUGCUGGUCAACGCCAUCUACUUUAAAGGCAACUGGGACAAGCAGUUUGACAAGGACAAGACGAGUGAUGCAAUGUUUAAACUGAGCAAGAAUGAGAGCAAACCCGUGAAGAUGAUGUCACAGAAAGGUAGUUUUCCUUUCAGUUUCAUCGAGGAGAUCAACUGCCAGAUCCUUGAGGUGCCUUACAAAGAGAAAGACCUCAGCAUGAUCAUCUUCCUGCCCAUGGACAUAGAGGAUGAUACGACGGGCCUGGAGAAGCUGGAGAGGGAGCUGACCUACAAGACAUUUGUGGAGUGGACUAGUAGACUAAGUGAUGAAAAUACAGUUGAUGAGGUUUUUGUGGAAUUGCCUCGAUUCAAGAUGGAAAUGAAGUAUGGCCUAAAAAAUGUCCUGAUCAGCAUGGGCAUGACGGAUGCCUUUGAUGCCAGUAAAAGUGACUUCUCUGGCAUGUCUCCGAUCGAUGGCCUCAUGGUGUCAAAGGUCAUCCACCAAGCUUUUGUGGAGGUCAGCGAGGAAGGAACCGAGGCUGCCGCUGCCACAGGCGUUGUCGUGGUCGAACGCACCCUACUGAUCCCUAAAUACUUCCGUGCAGACCAUCCCUUCCUCUUUUUCAUUCGCCAUAACUCCACCAAAAACAUCCUCUUUUUGGGCCGGUUCUCCACCCCUGAGUGAGCACCACCCUGGAGGUGUGGAGCAUCAGCAUGGCUGUUUCAUUAUAAAAGGUUCAAGGGGGUUGUAGGAAAAAGGUGGAGAUUCUUUGUUCUGCAUUUUCAAGAUUUGAAUUUUGGGAUAAAACCUCUUAUCCAAA